CGCGCGCCUACGAUGUUGUGAAUGAGGGAGUGGGGUGACGUCAGCGGCCGAAUGUCAACAAUGUAGCCACUGAGAGGAGGCGUUCCAGUUGAGAGUAACAAACAGCGGAGACGGAGCGGCACGCCGCGGAGGAUCACACGGAUACACACGCGCGCGCGCGCACCUCCACAACAGACCGUAGAAUUAAAGACGGGCUUGUUUUUUUUAUUUUUUUAACGCGGUUCCUUUAAGCUCCAGAGAAGAAAGAAACAGGCUGGUUGCGGCAACUGGGGAAGAAGUGGCCUUCUGCAGCCGAGAGGCUUUGAGGAAACGAGCAGCAGCGAGGAGGCAUCAUGUGAAAGAAGUUCAAUGGAAACGGACCGAAGGGCUGGAACAGCAGAGGAAUAGAAAGUAAAAGGGACGCCCUCCCCACGCCUCGCCGAGCUGCCAAUCAUCCGUCCCUCCUCGCAUCUUUCUGACUGAUAGUGAUGUGUCCUCACGCUGCUCGUGGAUAAAUGAUCACUAAUCAGCCCCCGAAGAUGAAGGACAACUCUGGUGUGAGCGGAAUGUCCGUGGAUGAGAAGACUGAAGACCCAAUGUAUGUGUAUGAGUCGACGGUUCAUUGUACCAAUAUCCUCCUCUGCCUUAAUGACCAGCGGAAGCAGGAUAUCCUGUGCGAUGUGACAGUCCUGGUGGAGGGCAAGGAGUUCCGAGGGCACCGGGCGGUCCUGGCUGCCUGCAGCGAGUAUUUUCUCCAGGCACUGGUUGGCCAAGCGGAGAAUGCAUUGGUGGUUAGCCUUCCUGAAGAGGUCACUGCCAGGGGAUUUGCCCCAUUGUUGCAGUUCGCCUACACUGCUAAGCUGUUACUCAGCAGGGAAAACAUUCAGGAGGUCAUCCGCUGUGCAGAAUUCCUGCGCAUGCACAACCUAGAGGACUCCUGCUUUCGCUUCCUGGAAGCUCAGCUCCGCAGAGAGGAAGACAGCCUCAUGCUUUGCCACAGGGGGGCGCCGGAGGCAAUCAACUCGGAGGAUGAGAGCAUGCAGUCAGAGAACGAAAGGCCGGCCUCCCCCAGGACGCAGCAUUGUGGCAACGCCUUCCCCUCUUUUCCUAACCCUGAGGAUGACAGGUUGUCCAGUAAUCUGACAGAUGGCAGGCUGGACUUUGAGCGACAUGGAGCAUCAGAUCUUCCACGAUGCCCAAAGUACAGAAAGUAUCAGUGGGCUUGUAAGAAGCACAAUAACGACACCUCCUCACACACCAGUACUUUAGGUUUUCCAAGCACAAUUAAGGAGAGCAGCAUCAGUGGGCUUGUGCCGGGUCAGGACAGGCUGCCUGUGACACAGAUAAAAGUUGAACCCAAGGGGGAGGAAGAGGCUAUUUCAUUGUGCCUGUCAGGAGAUGAGCAGGAUGCCAUGGACAAGGACAGUGUGACCGCCAUGGAAAUGGACAACCCUGCAUCUCUGGAAAGAACCAAGAGAACCAAGUCUCCUUCUUGCCUCCGAGCCUUCUUUAAGAAAGGAGUAGACCUUCCAAGUCUGUCCAACACAUCCCAGCAGCUAAUCACCAACAGACUGGUCUGCCCCCAGGACAAAGGAAACUCUCAGGGAGAUCACAACAAAGACUUAAGGCCUUUUCCUGGGGAGCUGGAUCUGUCUGCUACGUCCCCAAAGGAGGUGGAUGGUUUCCCUGCAGGGUUGUCUCUGAAGUCUGCUUCCUGUGAUGGCGUCUGCAGACAGGAAGCUGAACUAGACCGCCGUAGUGUCAUAUUCUCCUCAGGGGCCUCCAACCGCCUGGGAGCACCAGCACAUUCCUACCCCGGUGGGAACUCUUUGGAAAUGGAGCUCUCUGAUCAGGUGGCGAAAGGACUGUGGGCGGGAGCCUGCCAGUCCCUCCCAAACUCCCAGACGUAUUCUCCCAGCGCCGCUUCCUCUGAGCCCCCGGCCCUGUCCCGUCCACGGCCCAACACUAGCUGCCCAGUGCCAAUCAAAGUAUGCCCACGCUCGCCGCCUUGUGAGACACGCACCAGAACUUCCAGCUCCUGCUCGUCUUACUCCUACGCGGAGGACGGUAGCGGAGGCUCCCCCUGCAGCCUGCCCCAAUUCGAAUUCUCCUCCUCACCCUGCUCCAACGUUGCACGAUGCCUGAAUGUGGACCAGCAGGAGCAAAGUGUGGGAGGAGAUGCUCGCUUCAACCAGGUGCGACCCAAAAUCAAAUGUGAGCAGUCUUACGGAACCAAUUCAAGUGACGAGUCCGGCUCCUUCUCAGAGGGAGACAGCGAGUCCUGCAACGUCCAGGAUCGAGGGCCAGAGGUUAAGCUUCCUUUUCCUAUUGAUCAAAUCACAAAUCUUCCACGCAACGACUUCCAAAUGUUGGUAAAAAUGCACAAAUUGACGUCGGAGCAGCUUGAAUUCAUCCAUGAUGUGAGGCGACGGAGCAAGAACCGUAUCGCAGCGCAGCGCUGCCGCAAAAGGAAGCUGGACUGCAUCCUGAACCUGGAGUGUGAGAUCAGGAAACUGGUGUGUGAGAAGGAGAAGCUGCUGACAGAGAGGAACCAGCUGAAGGCCUGUAUGGGUGAACUGUGGGAGAACUUCUCCUGCCUGUCCCAGGAGGUGUGCCGGGACGUCCAGCUGAGCCCAGAGCAGGUCCAGUCCUUACACCACUACUGCCCCGUGCUGCGGACCCCCAACUCCACUGCCAGCAACAACACCGCCCACGAGUCCAGGACCCCCACCAUCAGCACCCCAGCCGCCACCAGCAUCGACCUCACCGGCCACUCCGGCUCCGCCACACCAGAACCCAGCUACGCCGACUCGCCGGGACCCUCGGAGAACGGACCCGAAGCCGCCGUCCGAAACGGGGCAGACAAGGACCCGGAUGGCUGUGAGACCAGCUUGUUCCCCACAUCAGAGUCUUUGGGGAAAUCCCACCAAACCGUGACGGUGGAUUUCUGCCAGGAAAUGACUGAGAAAUGUACGACCGACGAGCAGCCAAGGAAGGACUGUACCAAGUAGAGGUGGCUCUUUAUUCUGUUGUUUUGAAUGUUUUUUUUUGUAUUAUUUAAUUUUACUCCUCUGACAAACCCUUUCUCUGGGUUGUGAGAUGGUCAGCGUCUGCCAGUGUUCACUGAAAAACAAGCUUUGUAUUUAUGUCUUUUUGGGUCAGGUUUUUUUUUUCGUUUCUUUGAUGUUUUCUUGAAACGGUUGACACUAAAAUUGUCUUAACAGCAGCAAUACUGUUCUGCAGGCAUUCUCCUCUAACCCUGACAGAGUGGGAACCUCUCUCCAAACUCUUACAAUGGUGCUAUACCCACCGGCAGGAGGGACUGCCGUCCACGUGUCACACAUCGCAACUUCAAGUUGAGCCUCAUCGGACCUAAGCAGAAGCCCUCUUUUUCUACAAACAGAAUCUCCGUUUCUGCCUUUCUCUCUCGUCUUUUUACCACUCUGUCGUUACUCGGUGUUUUCACACACAGACUGAGGGUUUCUAGAGAUGUUAAACACAAAUGUGUGCAGAAUAACCCGGAACUUCUCAGGUUAGCAGUGCAGCUACCUGCUACCUACUUGAGCAAAUCCUCUUCAACUUAGUGUCCAAAAAAAUAACCAUCAUUUCUAAUAAUGUUAGAUGAGAUCAAUUCUAUUCAGUUUAUUUCUAUAGCACCAAUUCACAUCAUGUCAUCUCAAGGCACUUUCCAGCUCACCAGAUCAUCCAGUCAGAUUGAUUCAGUUUUCUAUCUAAGGAA